GCUGGGGGAGUUGAUGUACUUGUUAAGCUGCUUGCAAGCGGGCAGUCAAGCACACUAUCUAAUGUCUGCUUCCUUCUUGCGUGUAUGAUGAUGGAGGACGCCUCCGUUUGUUCCAGUGUAUUGACUGCGGACAUUACAAAACAGCUUCUCAAGUUAUUAGGAUCAGGUAAUGAAGCCCCAGUGAGGGCGGAGGCUGCUGCUGCUCUCAAGUCGCUUUCUGCUCAAUCUAAGGAAGCAAAGCGAGAAAUCGCUAAUUCUAAUGGUAUUCCUGUUCUAAUUAAUGCAACAAUAGCUCCAUCGAAAGAAUUCAUGCAAGGUGAAUAUGCCCAAGCACUACAAGAAAAUGCAAUGUGUGCCCUUGCUAAUAUUUCCGGUGGUUUGUCAUAUGUCAUAUCAAGCCUUGGUCAGAGCCUUGAAUCUUGCUCUUCACCUGCUCAGACUGCUGACACCCUUGGGGCGUUAGCUUCAGCAUUAAUGAUAUAUGACGGCAAGGCAGAAACUACUAGAGCAUCUGAUCCAUUGGUCGUUGAGCAGACUCUGCUAAAGCAGUUCAAGCCUCGUCUACCAUUCCUGGUGCAAGAACGUACAAUUGAAGCACUUGCAAGUUUGUAUGGGAAUUCCAUACUCUCUAUCAAACUUUCCAACUCGGAUGCAAAACGUUUGCUUGUUGGUCUAAUAACAAUGGCGGUGAAUGAGGUUCAAGAUGAGCUUGUAAAGGCUCUUCUGAUGCUGUGUAACCAGGAAGGUAGCCUGUGGCCUGCCUUACAGGGUCGUGAAGGGAUCCAAAUGCUGAUAUCUCUUCUGGGUCUUUCGUCCGAACAGCAGCAAGAAUGUGCUGUUGCACUUCUUUGCCUUCUGUCUAACGAAAAUGAUGAAAGCAAGUGGGCCAUCACUGCUGCUGGAGGUAUACCUCCACUUGUUCAAAUUCUAGAGACUGGGUCGGCCAAAGCCAGGGAAGACUCUGCAACCAUCCUUAGGAACUUGUGCAAUCAUAGUGAAGAUAUACGUGCUUGUGUUGAAAGUGCUGAUGCUGUCCCUGCUCUCUUAUGGCUACUAAAGAAUGGUAGUGCAAACGGUAAAGAAAUAGCCGCCAAGACAUUGAAUCAUUUGAUUCAUAAAUCAGAUACUGCAACAAUCAGUCAGCUUACUGCUUUGCUUACCAGUGAUCUACCUGAGUCGAAAAUUUACGUUUUGGAUGCAUUGAAGAGUAUGCUUUCUGUGGUCCCAUUCAAUGACAUGUUACGUGAUGGCAGUGCUUCGAAUGAUGCUAUUGAGACCAUGAUCAAGUUAAUGAGCUCUGCAAAAGAAGAGACUCAAGCAAAUUCAGCCUCAGCUCUUGCAGCUAUCUUUCAGAUCAGAAAGGAUUUGCGUGAGAGCGCUCUAGCCCUCAAAACUCUCUUGUCUGCCAUAAAACUGCUGAAUGUGGAUUCGGAGAAGAUUCUUGUUGAGUCUUGCCGCUGUCUGGCUGCAAUUUUACUUUCAAUUAAGGAGAAUCGCGAUGUGGCCAUUUCUGCCAGAGAAGCAUUGCCUACUCUGGUUUCUCUUGCCAACUCUUCCGUUCUAGAAGUUGCUGAGCAAGGAAUGUGCGCUUUGGCUAAUCUUAUAUUGGACAGUGAAGUGUCAGAGAAGGUCAUUGUCGAAGAUAUUAUUUUGUCAGCCACUAGAAUCUUACGUGAAGGUACAGUGUCUGGAAAGACACUUGCUGCUGCUGCAAUUGCCCGCCUGCUUAGUCGUCGCCGAAUUGAUACUGCGUUGACAGAUUCUGUGAACCGUGCUGGAACAGUGCUUGCCUUAGUGUCU